AAGAUGUGUACAGUGGUGGUGAGGAAUUGGUUAGAGCAGAUGAAGAAGAAGCGAAAAAAUGGUUGGUAAUGUUGGCCAUGGGUCCCCCACACGCAUUCAAUGCCCAUUGUUUCUGAAUUAUUAUCUCUCUUUUUCUCAUUGGAACAUAAACUUCAUAACUCUUCCUCGUCUUGUCUAGUUUCUUCCCUAACCUAAGCUCUCAGCAUUCUCUUCCUUCCACCUGUCCACAUCCAUCCAAACCACGCUUCUUUUGUCUUCUCUUCCAUUAUUACUCUCUCUCUCUCUCUCUCUCUCUCUCAGUGUUCACUGUUCACUUCUUUACUCAAAAAAGGACAAUCAUGCAGGAGGUUGAGCCUGAAGCCACCGCCGCUUCUUCAUCUCCGCCUCGCCGUGUUAUUCUUAUAUCAGCUGGUGCUAGCCACUCUGUUGCUCUUCUCUCUGGGAAUGUUGUUUGCUCGUGGGGUAGGGGAGAAGAUGGACAAUUAGGUCAUGGGGAUACUGUUGAUAGACUUUUGCCUACUCAACUUAGUGCAUUGGAUAAUCAGCAAAUUGUGUCUGUUGUUUGUGGAGCUGAUCAUACUAUUGCUUAUUCGGAGGAGCGUGUUGAAGUAUAUAGUUGGGGAUGGUAUUUGCCUUGUUGAUUUGGAGACUUUCAUAUCACAACUAUCCCUAGCUGUACGCUUUAACUACUAUGUAGUUAAUCUUUUGGGUGACUUUGGACGGUUGGGUCAUGGUAAUUCUAGUGACUUGUUCAUUCCUCAACCUAUUAGAGCAUUGCAAGGACUAAGGAUAAAGCAACUUGUUUGCGGGGAUAGCCACUGUUUGGCAGUUACUAUGGAAGGCGAGGUUCAGAGUUGGGGGCGGAAUCAAAAUGGUCAACUUGGACUAGGCACUACGGAGGACUCGCUUGUUCCACAAAAGAUUCAAACAUUUCAGGGAAUACCUAUCAAAAUGGUUGCUGCUGGGGCUGAACAUAGUGUAGCCAUCACUGAAAAUGGAGAGCUGUACGGAUGGGGUUGGGGCCGAUACGGAAACUUGGGACUGGGAGAUAGAAAUGAUCGCUGCAUUCCAGAGAAAGUUUCUUCUAAUGAUUUGCAGUGUGACAAGAUGGUCAUGGUUGCUUGUGGCUGGCGGCAUACAAUAUCUGUUUCAUCGUCUGGCGAACUAUACACAUAUGGAUGGAGCAAAUAUGGCCAACUAGGACAUGGAGAUUGUGAGGAUCAUCUUGUGCCUCACAAGCUUCAAGCCUUGAGUGAUAAGUCAAUUAGUCAGGUGGCAGGUGGUUGGAGGCAUACUAUGGCACUCACGACUGGUGGAAUUCUUUAUGGAUGGGGCUGGAAUAAGUUUGGACAAGUUGGAGUUGGUGACAAUGUCGAUCGCUGUUCUCCUGUGCAAGUGAAGUUUCCCCAUGAUCAGAAAGUAGUUCAGAUGUCAUGUGGGUGGAGACACACACUUGCUGUUACUGAAAAAGACAACGUAUAUUCUUGGGGAAGAGGCACAAAUGGGCAACUUGGGAUUGGUGAUACCAUUGACUGGAAUAGUCCAAAGAUUAUCGAGGCUUUGAGUGUUGAUGGAUCUUGUGGGCAGCACAUAGAAUCCUCAAACACAGAUCAAUUAUCAGGAAAAACCUUUGCCUCCUUAGCUGAGAGAUAUGCAGUUGUACCAGAUGAAGCUGCGUCACUGCAAUCUGUAGAUAGGCUCGAUCUUAGUGUCCCAGAGAGUGAUGUCAAACGGAUCAGAGUUUGAUUUACUAACGAGUAAAGGUAUCCUUUUGACGAGAAUGAUGCAUCCAAUCAAUGUCUCUGCCUCAGCAGUCCAUGGGGAUCAAGCACCCACUUCUCUAUCAUUUUGGCUAUUAACAUGAUUAUUGUAAAGUAAUAUAUAUCCAUUAUUAUGAAAAAUAUUGCAUGUGAUAUGACUCUUCUAUAUAUAUUAUUAAUCAGCGAGAAUACAUUUACAA